AUGGGUAGAAAGAGCAUUAAGGCUACUCCAGCAAAGACGGCUGUCGUCGAAGAGCAGACAGAAGAAGUCGCUGUUCCAUCAAAGACUCCUAGUAAGUCGCCGAAGACGAGAGCUCAGAAAGCUGAAGCUGCCGGUAUUGCAACACCAACACGCAAAACUCCUGCCCGCGAAGCAAAGAGCCCUGCUCGUACAGCAAGAAGUCCUGCUCGUACAGCAAGAAGUCCUGCUCGUGUCGCCAAGACUCCAGUUCAAAAAACUCCGAAAGACAAAGCUAGUGCUGUGAAAACACCGGUCACCAAAGCACAAAUUUUCAAAACAGUGCCAAGCAGUGAUGAGGAGGAAGAAGAAGAGGAGUUGCUGCCAGUGAAAACUCCAAAAAAAGCUUCAAAGGUUACGGCUGCCAAAACGCCAGCAAAGAAAACUCCAGUUUGUGAAGUUCCAAGCAGCGACGAGGAGGAAGAUGACGAUGAGUUGGAAGUUGUAAAAACUGUUGCUCCAUCGGUCGAAGUUGCCAAGAAAGAGGAAGAUGAUGAAUCGGAAGAGGAAUCCAGUGAUAACGAGGAGGAAUUGAAAAACGAACCAACUUCAAAGAUAGAAAAGAAAGUUAGUGCUGAAGAGCACGCGUCGAUUCAGGCCGCAAAAGAACAGGCUCCACAAGCAGUCAGUGCACUCAAAAAGUACUUUGCCGACAAGAACGAGAAGUCGCUGUUCCCGGACAUUGACUAUGCUCUCAACUUGUGCGUCACUUACAAAAAACCAGCCGUUACUACUAAUCAAGGAAAAAUCAGAAUCAACUUGCCGAACACCACUCGCACUAUCAAUAACACCUCGGUCUGCAUUAUCAUGCCAGACUUGGACCAAUCUGAUGCUGCCAAACGUGAUUUUGAUGUUGAGAAGCAAUCUCGUGAGUGGGCUGACCAAAUCGAGAAAGAUCACGGACUCACUUCUGCGCACAUCUCGAAAAUCUUGACUAAACGUGAAGUUGAAAGAAUUGCUCACACCUACAAAGACAAACGCGCACUCGCUUCUUCUUACGAUGUGUUCUUGGUCGACGGACGUGCUUACAAAUCUGUGAGAGCUCAUCUCGGAAAAGAGUUUUAUAAAGUUCACAAAUCGCCACUCCCAUUUGUAUACCACAAGCCGCUGGCAACUACCAUCGAGAAAGCGUUGAGCACUGUUGUGUAUCCACUGAAAAGAUAUAUGGUCAGAGCUUCGGUCUCAGUUGGUCACUUGGGUCAAAGCUCCGCCGAUCUCUGCGAUAACAUCAAUGAAGUUCUCACAAAGAUUGCUCAAAACUGUCCCGGUGGAUUCUCCAAUGUUCGUAAUAUCUACUUGAGCUCUAGCAGCAAAGACCCAUCUCUUCCAAUCUAUGUCGAUAAUGGAUCAGCUACCGAAGUUCGUCUUCCAACUGGAUCUGCUCGUGACAACAAACCACUUGUUGAAACUUCGGAUGAGUGCUCCACACUCCCUGAUGGACUGAAAGUUGCUGUUCGCAACAAUGCUCGCAUUCGUGUUCUCAAGGAGGAAACUAACGAGGCGGUUUUGUUCCCAACUGUACAUGAUGAACACUCUGAUCGUGAUAGAUUGAAGCCAAAGAUUGAUCCAGCGAAGGUAUUGAAGAAGCGCGAGAGAAGACGCAAGGGCAAGGAAAUCGUAAAGAAGCAGAUCAAGAGAAGAUUGGAAAAGAAACAGAAAAGAGCUGCUGAUGGAUCAACCAAUCCGAUCGCUGCCAAGAAAAUCAAAACUUCUGCCUAA